UACCUGUGGUAAGUUAGUGCAUUACAAACGAUUGCUACAUAGUUGUCUUCCCUCCGCCCACAGAGGGCAGCAGAGCCGAGUGAACUGCACCAGCCAAAGGACUCCCAGAUCAAGACAAAUAUGGAGGCUCGCCUAUAACAAACAGCAUGUUAGAUUCAAUUAAACCCCUUACAAUUCCCUUUUAAUCACUUUGGAAUUGCGCAGUUGUUGCAGAUCUAAUGCUGACCAUAUAUCCUUGAGGAGUAACACUGAUUGCUGAAGGAAGGGGCCAGGGACAUUGAUGGCAGAUACGGUCCAAAAGGACUGCAAGCAGGAAAGUGAUGCUAUGGGUUUGCCUUCAGAACCUCAUUCCCAGAGACAGCCUGAAGCUCAGCAUGCUGGGCAGACCAACAUAGAGGGGCCAAAGCACAGUGACAGUUCUUCACUAAUAGGAGGGGUCGGUUCAGCCUCAGCAGACUCUAAAAAAGUGGUAUCAGAAACCCAAAGGAACGAGAAGAUGGCUGAGGAUAACACAUUGAUAGGGAAGCUAGCAGAGAACGGCACUGGAGGCUGUGGGGAGACGAGUAGAUCCACCGAUUCUCCUUUUGGCACCUCACCACAUCAACGAAACAAAGAGGAGGAUACUGCUUUUAUUGCAGGAGAAAGCCCCCUCUUGUUCACUGGUGCGUCAAGCACUGAUGAAAAUGUCGCACCAGUCACCCCCACGUCAAAGAAAAAAGGCAGACCCAGAAAGAACCCUGUACCACAGAAGAUGCCCACACUGAGUGAAGAGGGGGCAGAGAACAGCGAGGCCCAAACUCCACAGCCGCCAAAGGUCUAUAAGAAGAGAGGGAGGAAAUCAAAAGCUGAGCUGUUGGCGAUGCGGCUUGAACAGGGACUGCUGGAAACACCAGAGCCAGUCACAAAGCAGCUUGAAGUGGAGAUCAUUGAUGAAGAAGAGAUGACCCUGGAAGGACGACCCAAGAGGAGAGCUGCUAAAGCGGCUAUAAAAUACCUCCACUGCCUUGCUGAGGAGAUGGGAUACUCCAACCAGACUCCCCAGGCGCCAGAGAACACCACCGCCAGUGAGACUGGCGAAUCCAGUAAGCCAGUGAAAUGCAGGAGAGGGAGGAAGAGGAAGAGGAACACAGAUGAGGGCUCUGAUGAUGUGACCAGUGAUGCAGACUUUGUCCUUCCUGAUGGAGUGAUGGUCGAUCAGGAAGAGGAGGAGGAGGAUGAUGAGGAUGCCUUAAAUGUUGAAUCCGAAUCUGACCUGGAAGAUAAGGGAAAUAAAAUAAGAGUGGCACCUGCUGCUACUAAACCAAAAUUCUUGGGCAUGGCUGCUAAUGGCUUGCAGAACAACGUAAUGGGUCCUGUUUGGAAUUGCAUGCACAUGACAAAGGAGUAUCGAGAAAAAUGCUAUUCCCCCUGGGUGUUUCCUGAAUGGAUACCUUCUUUAAAGGACUGGAAGUUUCUGUCUGAGAGUGAAGCACUCAAUUAUUUACCCCAAGAAGAGAAGUCGCCGCCCUUCAGGAUAAGAAGAGAGGGUCUUAGAGAUGAUAAUAUGCUGCAUCGAAUUGGCAGAUUUCAGUCCCUUUCCUCGCAUUAUGAACGAUGGGACUUGGCUUUCUUUGUCGGUGGUCCAGUGUGGUCAAUGGAGUGGUGCCCCUGCCCCGAAGGUUCAGCAUCCACUCAGUACGCAGCCAUUUACUGUAACAAGGGGAUGGAUGACAGGCACAAGGUGUCUGGUACGCACACAGAGCCAGCACUGUUGCAGAUCUGGAACAUAGGUGACCUGCAGCAUUUCAGUUGGCCAACAAACAAAGCCACCUUUGCAUAUGGGGUUGCCUUGGAUUAUGGCUGCAUAUGGAAUAUGAAGUGGUGUCCUAGUGGGGCGUGGGAGCUGCCUUCAUCCAACAGAAAGAUUCCCCAGAUGCCCAGGCUUGGACUCUUGGCUGCUUCCUUUUCAAACGGAAAAAUUGCUGUGUUCAGCCUUCCGCAUCCAGAAUCACUGACUGCAUACAAGAAAUAUCAGAGUAAAGGAUCAGUAAGUCAACAAGCGCUGAUGUGCAAGGUCCAAUGCACUGUUGUCCUGGAGGUGGGAUCAAUACAGGCCAGCAGUAACUCCCAGUGUGGACAAUGCUUCUGUCUAGACUGGAUACCGAUGGAAGACCACAAGUUCCUGGCAGCUGGCUUCUAUGAUGGUACGGUAGCCUUAUGGAACCUAACUACCAAAUCACUGCUGCAGCGUGUCUGCCAAACCAAUGGAUCUGUUACUCUAUACCCCUACCACAGCUUCAUAGCCCAUGACCAUGCCGUUCGUGUUGUCACCUGGUGCAAAGCCAGCAGUGAUUUUAUACUCACAGCCAGCGAGGAUAGAAAGUUGAAAUUCUGGGAUCUCAGGAGGACUUAUGAGCCAGUCAAUGUCAUUAAACGCUACCUCAGUACAGAGGUGUCAUGGCAGCUGCAUUGGUGUGGAAUCUCUGUGGCACAGGAAAACUGCUACGUUACGUUUGGGCUCAAUGGAAUCCAUUAUAUUGAUGCUGGAUAUAUAGGAUAUAAACCAUAUUUUGUUGCCCCCAGAAGAGGAACGGUAUGGAGUAUAUCAGGCUCUGACUGGCUCAAUACCUGUGCCACAGGAGAUAGCACUGGGGAAGUCAUAAUGAUGUUGCUUGCUGACAUGACAGCUAACCCCAACAACAUCAAGCGACCAAGUGACCGCAGAUUUCCUGUUUACAGGACCGAGCUUGUUCAUUUUGAUGCUGCUGCCAGUAGGCCUUCUGAUGCAGAGGAAAGCACUGAAACAACUGACAGAACCCCUGUUUGUGAACCGCAGACAUACAGCGAGACAAUGAAGAAAUUCUACCUCCUGUUCGAAGAUACCGAUCUGAGGUCAUUUAAAAAUGCCGCUAAGCGAGAGUCAAUGAAGCAAAUGUAUGCCACAGAAGCAAAGGGUUCACUGUCUCCUGAUAGGAUGCCUCUGGACUCCAUACACAAGGUCCGGUUCAAUCCCAAUCUUGAUGCUCAUGGCUGGCUACUGUCAGGUGGGCAGUCGGGCAUAGUCCGAGCACACUGUCUCCGAGGAUUGAACAGCCCCAUCACCAGCAAGCUCAUCAGGGAGAGCCAGGCUCAGUUCAAUGCCAUGUACCAGCCUCAAGGAGCUAUAGCCAAUGAGGCGAUCAUGAAAACUGUCACCCACAGUAUGGAAACCAUUGUAGAGGUGCUGUGAGAUGAGUUGCAGGAAGGGCUCUGGAUGCACAUGGUCCCUCCAUUACCACCACCCCAAAGUCCUCAAUUAUUUUUAGGUAUUACUAAUGGUGGUCAAUUGAAAUCUAGCCAUAAUGUUUUUUUUGUUGCCCAGCUUCUCCAAGAUAUCUAAAUGAUUCAGCUCCUCUCUCUCUCUCUCUCUCUCUCUCUCUCUCUCUCUCUCUCUCUCUCUCUCUCUUUCGAUCUCUUUUUUUAUAUAUAUAUGAGGUCGGCACGGGUAGAAAAUCUGGAACAGGGUAUCUGGGUCUUUUUCGGGUAAUGAUUAAAAAAAUCAUAAAUAAAGGCUACUUAUUUGAUCUUUUUGGUAAGAAACUAUAUCUGCGCAAUAACUGUAGAUAAAGCAUUCCGUAUUGGAAGCCACACGGUAAUUAUUAUUCAUGGAUCACAGAGUUACCACUGACUUAAACCCAACAGGAAGUUAUGUUGUUUUCUUUCCGAUUUAGUUCCUGAGAAGAAUAUUCGCUGCAGUUAUUAUUAUUGAGGUGUACUUGCCGCUAAUGCAAAGCUUGUUUUAAUGUUGUCUUUAUUACACCGGCCAAAGACCCAUGCUUACAACUGCAUUGUCAUAUUUUCUACAUUUUCUUUAAAUUCUCAAAUAAAUAAUCGAUACCCAGGCAGUAAAAAGAGACCCGGGUUGGGUCAUUUAAAACCCGACGAGUACCUGGGGUUUUGGGUGCCCGUGAUGACAUAUAUAUACUACAAAUAAAAUAAAUAAUAACAAAACCUUUAAAAUAUUCAUGCUCUGCAAUACUUUUUUUAAAGAUGACAUGAAAAUAAUCCACACACUUCUGAUGUGGUGUUGCAUGGUGCUGUUUGGUUUUCUUUACUUGAGUUGCUGCAGCUGCUUUUUUUUUUUUUUUGCAGUUAAAAACCUGCUUGUAGUUAUGUUUGUUAUGUGUGUGUUUCUGUGAUAUGUUCUUCUGUGGUAUGUUGUUGUGUGUUUUUUUUUCUUCAAUAUACACUAUAUAUUAAAGGGGGUGUCCAGUAAAUGUAGCAUUUCCUAUAAUGUCAAUUUAGGAGGUGAAUGUAAUGGAUGAGAAAUCCUUUCCCCCAAAGAAGUAGCCGGAUGAUUUUAAAAACCUUCAGUGUUUUGCAGGUGCUUUACUCAUACUGUACAACACCCCACUGUCACCCUCCCCUUGUUCAGACUAUGACCAAAUGCUUUAUUUUUAAUACACUUCUUCAUUCUUCCACAGUAAUAUCAACUUUUAAUAUUUAAAUGUUGAAAUAUGUUCUGUGAUAGAUACAUGUGACCAAAAAAACAUUGCUUACCAGGAAUAUUGCUGAAGGCAAAGUCUACCACAUAAUUCAGAUUUGUAAAUGUUACACAGAUAUCCAACGCACAAAUGAAGUUUUUGGGGUUUUUUUUAACAUGAUGUAAAUCAUUUUUUGUGUAUAUAUUUUCGUUGUAAAAACUGAUGGUCUUCUUGAUAUUUAGAUAGUUUGACUCCAAAGCUGAAGUGAAGGCUACAGAAAAUGGAACCAGUCUGUAAAUAUAUAGUGUGUCUGUGUGUGUGUGUGUGUGUGUGUGU